UUUUAAAUCUACCUAUUUUUUUCAAAUUUUACCAAAUUUUACCUAUACUCUAUUUCAAAUUUUUGACACAUUUUUGACCACUUCUUUAUCAUUUUAUUAUUAUUACAGCAUUUAUAAAUUAUUAAUAUUUGAUCAUCUUUCUAACUCAUCAAAAUAAAUAAUAAUUAUUAUAAUCUCUAUUCUCCUCUCUUUUAACUCAUCAAAAUGUAUGUUUUAAUGGAACAUUCGGGUAGGCUUCAUUCACCUCCACCCGAUCGUCGUCAUCAUCAUCAUCCUAAAGCUGUUUUACGUGCUCGUGCACAUAAACAUCAAUCGCCUCCACCUUUUGAAGGGCAACAACAACAGCAACAAAAGUCUCCUCUUAAAAAUGUUAAAUGUCAAUCAUUAGAUAAUGAAAUAUUAAAAAAAGGAAAUAAGGGGGAGGAAGAAGAAGAGGAUAUAAGCAAGUUUAAACAAUUUGUUUCUAAAAUAGCAGAAGAAAAUAAAAAACAGCAACAACAACAACAAAAACAUUUGUUAAAUGAAAGAAAAUUGUCAACAACAAAACAUCAGCAACUAAAUAAUCCAACUUGUUUUGCAACAACAUCAAAACAUUUAAAUAAACAUGCUCAGCAAAACAAUUUACCAACUUGUUUUGCUUCAAGUUUUGCUUCAAAUUCAAAUAAUGCUAAUAAUAAUGCUGAUUAUUCCCAACUUCCUCCACCUAUUAGAUAUCGUUUCCGCCCUCACCUUUUAGCCAAAGAAGAAAAACAUCCUCCAUAUCAAUGGAAAGAAAAUAAUUUUAUUAAUAAUUUAAAUAAUCAAAAUAUGCUUUCAAAUAAUUCUCAACAAUGCUUCAUUCCCCGCUCAACACAGUUGAUAAAUCGACAAGUUAUGCUUCACGGCAACAAUAAAGUUGGGCCAAUUAAUGAAGUUUAUGAAGAAGUGAAACAAUUAAAAAGUGAUGGAAAGGCGAAGCAACAAGAGGAAUUGAAGCAAAAUAAAGAAGAUUCGAAGAUAGAAGCAAAGAAAUUGAAACAAGAAACAAAAAUAUUGAAGGAAUUGAAGUUGAAGCAAGAAAAGAAUGUGAAGCAAAAUAAACAAAAUGUGAAGCUAGAAAAGGAUGAUAAACCAAAUCUGAAGCAAAAUGAAGUGAAAGAUAACGAAGAGAGAAAUAUAAAAGUGAAGCAAAAUAAAAAGGAUUUAAAACAAAAAGUAAAUCAAGAGGAAGAAUUAAAGCAAAAUUUGAAGCAGAAUAUGGAAAUGAAGCAGAAUAAUAAUAAUAUGAAGCAAGGUGUUGAAUUAUUGGAAGAUUUGAAGAAAGAUAAAAAAGAAGAGUUGAAGCAGGAGGAGAAAUUGAAGCAAAACAUUAAGCAGGAAUUAAAACAGAAAUUGAAACAAGAAGUGAAGCAAGAAAUAGAUCAAGAUAAAGAUACUAGCAGCAAUUUUAGCAGCAAUAAGAAACAACAAAAGAAGCGUCUUUCAAUCCAAACAAGUCAUCAAAAUUCUUUACGUAGAAGUUUAUCACAGUCUCGAUGCUGUUCAUCUUCAAUAACUUCAAGUAAUCAACAUCAACAAAAAUCUGACAAUUUUUUAAAAUUUAUGUCUAGAUCGAAAACAUCAACAAAUUUAGCAACAAACUUGGCAUCAAAUCGAAGUAGAGAAUCAAGUAUAUCUUCACUUUCUUGGCAUCGUUUAAUUCGUGGAAAAUCACCAAAAAACAGUAUAAACAGCAAUAAUUCUUCUUAUUAUUCACCAAAAAUUUUAAAUAAAACUAAAAAUAAUUUUGAUGCUUUUUUAAAUAUUUUUAAUGCUUCAGAAAAUUUAAAAUUUGUGGAAAAAUGUUGGGAAAGAAAAAAUAUUAAUAAUUUUUCUUCAAAUAAUCAAAAAUUAGAAGAAAAUUCAUUUAUACGAGUUCAACGUGAAUUAAAAUGUAUAGAAGAACGUAGAGCUUUAACUUUGGGAAGACGAAAGGGUUACCGAAAAAAUAUUUGUGUCGCUGACCUAAUUGGAGUUGAAAAUUUGUUGUUAAAUAAAAAAUUGUUGAAAGAACAAGAACAAAUUGAUAAUGAAAAUGUUGAUUAUUUAAUAUUGCAGAAACCAAAACAAAGGGAAUUGGAGGAAUAUUAUAAUGAUGAUGAUGCUGAAUUAGAAGUAUACAAGUAA